AUCUCGCUCUCACGUAUCGAUCUGCGCGUGUCCACAGAGCGAGCCCAUACACUGUCAGCUCAGGGAGGCUAGCACGUUUCUUUCAGUGUCGGAGUGACACUCGACACCCUUCUGCCAGCUUUCUCUCUUCAUAUUCUUCCUAACUCCAUCCAAGAACGACCACGCACAACGACGGCGAGAUUUGCUCCCACAGUGGUUUCUUCUUAUUAUGGCUGUUAGCAGCACCAAGACAGUGUACGAGAUUUUCCAAAGCAUGGAGUACGGGCCAGCAGCAACUUCUAGCACUGCUACUGCACAGGCCUGGCUGGAGCAUCAUUCCCGUUCUCUGGGUCUCUUCAUUGAUGGCAAAUUUGUCUGUCCAGCGGACGGACGGAGCUGCUCCCUGGCUGAUUCUAAAGGAAGUAUUGUAUGCAGCACAGCAUGCGCCGAAGAAGCCGAUAUUUCCCAGUGUGCCUCCUCUGCUGUUAACGGUUUCAAGUCCUGGAGCAGCCUGAGCUGCAACCAAAGGGCCAAAGUGCUCUUGAGGUUGGUGAGUGUCCUCGGGCAGCACGGCCAGUGUUUCUCAGAGUUAUGUGAGCUCUGUGAGGCCUCCUGCUCCACCGCUGCCCUGGUCAGGCUGCUGCAGUUCUACAGCAGCUGGGCGCAGCUCAGAGACACACUCCUCACCGACUGGACACCUCUAGGUGUGGUGGCAGUGGUGACCUCGAAAGACUGUUCUCUCUAUUCUCUUCUGCUCAAAGUCCUGCCAGCACUGGCUAUGGGCAACUCUGUGGUGGUUGUCCCCGGUCAGAGCACGGCCCCCCCAGUGCUACUGUUGGCUCAGCUUUUUACAGGAGCAGGACUUCCUGCUGGGGCUCUUAAUGUGCUAACAGGAAGUGACAUAACACUGGGUGUCAAAGUGUCCCAGAACCACAGCAUCAGUUACGUCAACUACAGCGGCAACAAGGAGGACGGGGUGAUGCUGUGCAAGGCCACAGCAGGGAUGGGAGUUCCUGUUUCGGUGUCACCGUGCAUAGGCGCCAUCUGUCCGUUCAUCAUCUUUGAGUCGGCAGAUAUUAACAGUGCCGUGGAUGAGGUGAUGGAGGCCGCCUUCAGGAAGAAGAAAGAGGUCUUCUGGGUGUUGUGUGUGCAGGAGAGUGUGGUGGACAGUGUUGUUGCCCAUCUCAGGUUGCGAAUGGCAAAGAUGAAAUGUGUGACCCUGCACAGUGAGGCAGACAGGGAACGGUUGGAUGCUGCCGUGCAGGAAGCUCAGCAGCUGGGAGCCACGUUGGUUCAGUCCUGUGCUGAUCCCACGUCAGGUGCACAGUAUCCUUCCACUGUGCUCUGUGGGGUGGCCCCCUCCUCACCAUGUGUGGUCAACCCCUGUCCUGGACCCCUGCUGCCCCUCAUGACCUUCAGAAGCAACACAGAAGCAGUGACUCUUGGGAACCACAGUCCUCACGGUCAGGCAGCAUCCAUCUGGACUGAGGACCUCACCCUCGCUCUGGAGACAGCUAGGAGUUUGUCAGUUGGCUCUGUGUGGGUGAAUUCCCACUCCAUCUCUGACCCCUGUCUGCCCGUCUGCGGUCACAAAGACAGCGGGACCUGCACCGAUGGAGGACAGGAGGGUCUGUACCAGUUUCUACGCCCCUCCUCUUCCUCCCCUCCUCUUCCUCGCUCCUCUCCCGUCUCCAUGGACUACACGCAGUUCGGAACAGAAGCAUCCCCACCUAUCAUUCCUGAUGAGUCGGACCCUGCCAGAGCCCCUCAGUCCCACCUGCAGUUUGUUGCUGGUAAAGCAUGUAAAUCAGUGUCUGGCUGCAGUGUGGCUGUGCAGUCACCAGGUGGUGGUGGUGGUGUGUUAGCCUACUGCCCAGACGGGGGCCGGAAGGACGUUCGCAAUGCUGUGGAGGCUGCUAUCAAAGUCCAGCCAGGCUGGAUGAAAAAGAGCCCCUCUGCACGUGCCCAGUCACUCUACUCUCUGGCCAAGGGCCUUGAAUCAAAGAGGCGGGACAUCGCUGCGGCAAUCAACACCCAGACCGGCCUGUCAAUGGACGAGGCUGAGAAGGAGGUGGAGCUCAGCAUUACCAGGCUCAGCGUUUGGGCUGCUUAUUGCGACAAAGUCCAGGGAGGAUCUCUGCCCAUGCCAAACUCUGGCUCCGCUCUCUCCAUCCCUGAAGCCCUGGGAGUCAUGGGGGUCGUCCUACCUGACAAAAAUCCCCUCCUCUCCAUGGUAACUGUGCUUGGGGCAACUAUUGCUACAGGCAAUGCUGUUAUUAUGGUCCCCAGUCAAAAGUAUCCACUGCCUGCCUUGGCAUUCAUUAAGGUGCUCCAGUCCUCGGACUUGUCAGCAGGUCUGGUAAACGUUAUUACAGGAAGUCGAGACCAGCUGACUGUGGCUCUGGCUAAUCACAGUGUCAUCAAGGCCAUCUGGUACUGGGGCAGUGCUGAGGGCUGCCAGUACCUCCAGUACACCUGCACUAGUCCGCUAAAAACCCUGCGCCUGUGUAAGGACCAGGAAGGGAAAGAUGGCGAGCUAAACUGGACUCAGUGCCAUCCGUCAUUCCUGGAAGAAAUGUGGAGAAGCGCUGUGCAGUGGAAGAGUGUAUGGAUUCCUACAGCUUAAAACAGAACGGCAGGAAGAAGGAAAAAAGUUACAGUUUUGAUAUCAUCAUGGAGCAUUUGACUGUGACCUGAAAAAUCAGAAAUCAUCACAGGUCAGACAGCGGCAGAAGGGGAGGAGGGAUUUUAAAAGCAAAAAAACAUUAGAUGUUAAAUUAAAUUUUGAGAUUAUAUUAGGAAUAGAUGACAUAAAGCACUUAAUACACAGACGAGGGAUUCAGUGAAGGUCACAUGCUAACAGUGUUGCUAAUAUAUGAGCUGAUUUUUGUUGCCAGCAUGGUUCAAAAUGAUACUAAAAUGGAAGAUGUGGGGAUAGAUAUUCACUGUGAUUCAGACAAAAGGUUUUUUCCCUUUUUAACUUUAUCACAGAAGCACGUCCAUGUGACAGUGAAUGCAGAGACCUAAAAACAUUUCACGCAUCUUUACUAUUUUCAUUUAAAUGUAAGUCGGUUUACUGAAGAUUAUCGAGCAUAGCAGUAGCUACCCAUCAGAAUAAUCAAUUUAUUGUUGAGUUUUUCAUUUUUCUUUUGUAAUAAAUAUAAAAAAGGAAAAAAUCCCACAAUGCUAGCCAAAGUAACAUCCAUUAGAACUAGUGCAACAUUUUGCUUGCUUGGUCAAAAAAACCAAUAAACCUUGAGGAUAGAUUUAAGGUUUAUUAACAAUAGCUGUUCUUUAGUAAGGUUGGGAUUCUUUUUUGUUAGUCAUAACAUGCUAUUAUGAUAAUUUGAUGAUUUUCUACCUCUGUUAUGCGUAUUUUAAUUAAUCCUCACAUGUCUGAUUGGUGUUUUGUACACUUCCUUACUUUUUUAUGCAGAUAAAAUAAGAGGUCACUGUAUCGCAAACUAUUUCAAAGUAGGUCAUGUUCACAUUUCUUUCCACGUUAACGAGUAAUCCACGUGAACUGUGACAAACCUCGGGAGAACUUUGGCUCUGAUUAUUGAGCCAGUGUUGCAGGGUCAGCAGAUAUUAAAGAGAUAAAGACGUGUGUUAUGGGCUUGAGUAUGUUCUGUGGGAGCCAUUCCACUUCCUGCUCAGAAAUUAAGACAGACAGAAAUUAGAUGCAAAUUAGGUGCAAUUCAGAAAAGGUCACAGCAGGGGGCGCUCACAAGGUAGUCCUCAGUGAUUAGGAGUGAAUGCAGAUAAACAUCAACAAUAUAUACAGCAACACUUAUGUACUUUAGUUUGUCUUAGAGAAAAGCUGCUUUUGGUGAAAAAAUACUUCCAAUCUGGUAACGUAUGCUGAGUGGUCCUUGAAAAAACCCUCCCUUUGUGGCAACUAAAACACACAUUAGAGGUGCAGUUUAACCACAACAGAACCUUACAUGUAUGUAUAGGAAGCAGCGGCUAUCUGAGGGGUGUACUACGGAUUCAACACAGCUAGCCUUUGUUUGUGUUUGCUGGCUUGACAAAACCUAAAAGCCCAGUUGGAGAUAACAGAAACCUCGACGCUAUGCA